GGAUAAAAAGCUACUUCCCAGUGACAUGCAAGUGUACCCAUGGCAGAAAGGAUCAUACAAGGUAGCAGGGAGCAUGAUCACACCCAUUGGAUGGAUAACAGCAAGAUUACAGCUUUUUCAGAUAACCCAAUUGAUGACCAUGUAUGUAGCAACCAGUACAAUAAUGAUGACAAUGAUGACAAUGAGGAUGUAAACUCCAGCAGCGACCAGCAACAGGAGGAUCCUCAAACCACGGACGUGACAAAUACCAGGGAGUAUGGAAUGACCAGCCAAAGUGGAGCCCGAAGACAAUAUGUAACCAGUAGAGGACGCAUCACUGAGAAACCAGACAAGUAUGAUUAUUAACCGGAUUUGACAAUAUAACUAUAUUUAUUUGCUUCACUUAUAUUUCAUGAUAGUAUACAAUCUAUGUACCAGAGGGUCUCAGAUAUCAAAUUUUUUCUUUAACUAUAAUUUAAAAUUUGCUCAAAAUUACUGUAAACCGUUAAGUAAAUAUUAAUUUUUUUUUUAAAGUAAAUCUGUUUAAAGAAUGUAAAAAAAAAAAAAGAAGGGAAUGAAAAGAUAGUUGCGUAGCGCCAGAAAGUGUAAAUAAAAAGAAUUUGCUAUAAAUAUGUACAUAACUAGUUUUAAGUGUAUAUAGGCGUGUAUAGUAGAAUAAAACUUACGGAGGUAAAUAAAAAAAAACAAAUUGUUGUAAAUUAUAUAAUUUUGCAUGAAAUAAAACUGUAAAUAGUACACACUGAACUUAACCUAGUGCCGAAUAAAUUAUAAAAUUCCUAGCCAAUGACUGAGAUGUAUUUGUAAUAUUUAAAUCUAUGUACAUUAAGAGUUCUCUCAAAUUUGUAUAUACAGGUAGAUGAACUAUUGCAUGAAAAGUAGAAUAAGUUAUAAAUAAUUGUAAAUAAUAACUAGAAAUAGAAUAAUGAUUAACGCUGUACAUUGCUUCACAAAACAUAAAAAGUCUAAAAAAAAAUAAAUAAAUAAAAGAGUGCUGUAUAUAAUUUGCUUGAAAGUUGAUUUAUAAUGUAGUAUGUUAUGAAUUAAAGUACAUUAUGUAUAUACUGAUGAUUAUUAGAACAAGAAGUGUAACAUGAAUCUCAAUAAUAGAAGUUUAAAUAACAAAUGUAACAGUAAUAAGUUUCAGAAAUAUCAACAGUAGUCAUGACAUUGUAAUGUAAAGUAGUUUCAGUUUCAGGCCCGCCCUAAAAUAAAUUAAUGUAACUUAAAGUAAAUAGUAAUUUUUUUUAGUAAUGUUAUAGUUUGUUGCAAUUUUGAAAUAAUGGCAUGUAAGGAAUAAGAUGUGAAAUUUAAAAUAAAAACAAUAUAAAUAUCAUUUUCAAUUUAAAUUUCAAAGGGCAUGUAAGGGCAAAAGUCGAUA